GUUCCCGUAAAAUGGAAUUUAAGGGAAGUUCCUGGCAUGAAUCCUGUUUUGUCUGCCAGUAUUGCCGGCAACCAUUGGGAAUAAAACCAUUGAUCACCAAAGACAACGAGAACUACUGCGUGCCCUGUUUUGAGAAGCAAUUUGCUCACCAUUGCUACUCCUGCAAAAAGGUAAUAACUUCUGGGGGAGUGACCUACCAUGACCAGCCUUGGCAUAAAGAAUGCUUUGUGUGUGCUGGGUGUAAAACCCAGCUGUCUGGACAAAGGUUUAUUUCCAAAGAUGAGUAUCCAUACUGUGUAGACUGUUUCAGCAAAUUGUAUGCUAAGAAGUGUUCUGCCUGCAAGAAACCUAUUACAGCUCUCGGAGGUGCCAAAUUUAUCUCGUUUGAAGACCGCCAGUGGCAUGGGGAAUGCUUUAACUGUGCGAAAUGCUCUGUCUCAUUGGUGGGCCAAGGAUUCCUGACUCAGCAGGAUGAUGUCCUUUGUCAUGAAUGUGGUUCUGCUUCAUAGUUCUGUGGAGAGCUGUACAGCUGCAUUAUUCUCACUCUGUAACGAUCUACUUCAUUACUCUGCAGUAAGAAAAUCAUCUAAAAGGUAUAACAGGCAUUUAGUCAUUCAAGUAACUUUCCAACAGCAGUUUAAUUCUAUCAUAGUUCUCAACUGCUUGUAAAAAAAAUUGAAACAGCCCUUUACUAGUUAAGAAAGUAAUGCAGAAAAGAUUCGUAUAUAUUUUAAAUCUAACUACACUAUGUUUCUCCUUGUAACACACUGCACUCUGCUGUUAGAAGCUUAAAAAUUUACAUUUCAUCUCCCAUGUAACAAGGAGGAUUGUGAAAAGUCUCUGUGGCAUAUAACUAAUGAUGAGGCAUUAGCAGUGC